CCCGUCAGGAUGGCGGAGAACGACGUGGACAACGAGCUGCUGGAUUAUGAGGACGACGAGGUGGAGAACGCGGCGGGGGCCGACGGGGCCGAGGCGCCGCCCAAGAAGGACGUGAAGGGCUCCUACGUCUCCAUCCACAGCUCCGGCUUCCGCGAUUUCCUCCUCAAACCUGAGCUGCUUCGCGCCAUUGUCGACUGCGGCUUCGAGCACCCCUCCGAAGUGCAGCACGAGUGCAUCCCGCAGGCCAUCCUGGGCAUGGACGUGCUCUGCCAGGCUAAAUCCGGCAUGGGCAAGACAGCCGUCUUCGUCCUGGCCACCCUGCAGCAGCUGGAGCCUGUCACGGGGCAGGUGUCAGUGCUGGUGAUGUGUCACACGCGGGAGCUGGCUUUCCAAAUCAGUAAGGAGUACGAGCGAUUUUCCAAGUACAUGCCCAGCGUUAAGGUGGCGGUGUUCUUCGGGGGGCUGUCGAUCAAGAAGGAUGAGGAGGUGCUGAAGAAGAACUGCCCCAACAUCGUGGUGGGGGACUCCGGGCCGUAUCCUGCUCUGGCCCGCAACAAGAGCCUCAACCUGAAGCACAUCAAGCACUUCAUCCUGGACGAGUGCGACAAGAUGCUCGAGCAGCUCGACAUGCGUCGGGACGUCCAGGAGAUCUUCCGCAUGACCCCGCACGAAAAGCAGGUCAUGAUGUUCAGCGCCACUCUCAGCAAGGAAAUCCGCCCCGUCUGCCGCAAAUUCAUGCAAGACCCGAUGGAGAUCUUCGUGGACGACGAGACGAAGCUGACGCUGCACGGGCUGCAGCAGUACUACGUCAAGCUGAAGGACAACGAGAAGAACCGCAAGCUCUUCGACCUGCUGGAUGUCCUCGAGUUCAACCAGGUGGUGAUCUUCGUCAAGUCGGUGCAGCGCUGCAUCGCCCUGGCCCAGCUGCUGGUGGAGCAGAACUUCCCGGCCAUCGCCAUCCACCGCGGCAUGCCCCAGGAGGAACGGCUGUCACGGUACCAGCAGUUCAAGGAUUUCCAACGCCGCAUCUUGGUGGCCACCAACCUCUUUGGGCGCGGGAUGGACAUCGAGCGGGUCAACAUCGCCUUCAACUACGACAUGCCCGAGGACUCCGACACCUACCUGCACCGGGUGGCGCGGGCGGGGCGUUUCGGCACCAAGGGGCUGGCCAUCACCUUCGUGUCGGACGAGAACGACGCCAAGAUCCUCAACGACGUCCAGGAUCGCUUCGAGGUCAACAUCAGCGAGCUGCCCGACGAGAUCGACAUCUCCUCCUACAUCGAGCAGACCCGAUAAAGGCCCCCCCGGCCCCACCAGGACCCGCCGCUGCCGGAGCCGCCCCCCACGGCCCCCACCCCCCACCCCGGCCCGGCUGCGGGGGAGGGGCCGCC